AUUAAAAAUGUAACCGCCCAAGUCGUUUAGUUUCAGGGUCAGAUUAGAGACACCUGUGCCAACUCGAAAAUCUGGACAAAUCUGGACCAAUCUCGAUUAGCUUGCACAAGACGAUCUCCAUAAAGAUCAAAUGCACAGAACAACCGUUUCAUCUGAACUUGUGUUUAAGUUUUGCUGAAGACAGUUUAUCCUGUGAGUUUCCAUGUUUACCAAAAAUGCAUACACAAAGGUUAACACUGCCUUGCAUAUGUGGAUCCAAUCCAACCCAAUCCAUACAACAUACUGCAAGAAUCAAUCACACAUAACUCUCAUACAGGACUCAUUUUCUGCCAAGGCGGCUGCAUUUUACCUCAUUACACAUCAAACCAACCAGUGGCUUCCCUUUCACCAGCCUCAUCACCUCAGACCAAGAAAUCAAUAGAGAAUCGCUUCUCAUUUCAGCCUCAUGUUCUUUCCUGGCUGGGCCUGGUUCUUGGGUGUAUCCAACUCUGUGGCCAGUUGUGUCUGCCCCUGUGCCCGGCUUGUACAUCGCCAUGGAGCCAUGGUCAUUAGCUUUUCAUCAACACCUCCAGGCUUUAAUUGGCCUUAAGUCUGCGCCAACACUACACUGCUCAAUUUUUGCCGGCUAGUUUGGCAGUCCAUGUUGGGGAACACAGCAGGCAGAUUGAUUUACAAAAUAUCUGCAGAAUGAUACCAAGCUGAAAACCAUUGGAGUCAACAUCAGGUAUGCCAAAGAUGUAUUUUGCUGAUAAAGAUUAUAAUACACAAUUAAAUAUCAAAAGCAACUGAUAACAGUAUCAAAAUAGGACAUGACUGGGUUCAUGCUUAACACUGCUGACAAAACACAAAGCCUAAAAGAUCCUUCUGGUUUGACAGUUUGAAAGAUAGACCGAUCAUGUGCCAUGCUUAUCUGGAACUCGCCACAAAGAUUAUUGUUUAUCAGCCCAGACAAGGAAAUGGAUCUGAGAAAAAUAAUAUAUUGUGCAACAUUCUGUAGGUUGGAAAAUGCCUUCCACCUCCAAUAUCCAUCUAGUCGUGACAAGGCGCAAUUGGAGUGACUAGGCUGUAUGAUCAUCGCAAUCUCCCAUACCUGGAUAGACAGCUACUAUAAUUUAUUAUAAUCCUGACAAUUAAUUUGAUGGCACUGUAUGGCAUUAAUCAAAAUACCAUACGGUGGCACUUAUCAAAAUACCAUACGGUUUCAAAUGAAACAGGGGCAAAGUACACAGAACUUUAAUCCCAACCAUAAAAGGAUCUACCCUGCAGGACCCAACUCUCCCCGCUACGUCUACUGUGACAUGGACACCCUGGGAGGGAAGUGGACUGUGUUCCUCACUAGGAUGGACGGCACAGUGAACUUCUACAGAGGGUGGGACCAGUACAAGAACGGCUUCGGACAUGCGGCUGGAGAGUACUGGCUGGGUCUGGAGACCAUCCACCUGCUCACCACGAAGAAGAACUACGAGCUGAGGGUGGACAUGGAGGACUUUGAGGCGAGGAGGGUUUACGCCAACUACUCCUCCUUCUCCAUCUCUCCCGGGGCGGUCAAUGCUGAGGUGGACCUCUACAGGCUGCAUGUCAGCGGCUUCAGAGACGGAGGGGCAGGGGACUCGCUGGCCCACAUCAAUGGACGACCGUUCUCCACAUUUGAUCGAGACAACGACGCUUUUUCAGGAAAUUGUGCCUCGUUGUAUAUGGGUGGAUUUUGGUUCAACUCAUGCUAUCAUGCCAAUCCAACUGGAGUCUACAUGUGGGGAGCUGUUGAUUUAAAAAGUUCAAACUGGUAUACCUUUAAAAGUAAUGAUUAUUCUCUAAAGUCCAUUUCUAUGAAGAUAAGACCUGUCACUCGUCGAAUGUUAGUGAAAAAAAAACAUGGCUGCCUCUCUUUAACGUCUUAACUGAAAAUCAGCUCAACUGAACACCUAAAGAAGACUAAGGGGAAUAAUCAGUUCUGGUGACUAAACCUGAAUGUUUUUUUGUUAGAUUUUUUACAAAAUGUGUUGUCUUUUUAUGAUGCCCCUGUGUGAUUAAUAAUUUACACUUUAGCCAAACACAUUGUUUUCUCCUGUAACAUGUCCACAUAUUGUACGUAUAUUCUUGAAAGAAACUCAAAAUAAAUGCUUUUGUUUUCUUACUGCUGAACUCAACUCAUAUUUUUGAUAAUAAACACUCUGUUGUAAGUCAUCACUCUCAGGACAUUGACCCAAAUGGAGCAGAAACCACACGUUUACUUCCAAGAAGGGAUUGGUGGAGUGAGAUCUCACCUUCUUGCCCUCGGUGUUGUCUGCGCUGACGUAGGAGAGCUUCCUGCAGACGUAGAACAGCAUGUCGUAGAACAGCUGUCCU